AUGGCGUCCUCACAAAGCAAAGAGGCAAGCUCUGUUAAUGUUUCUGCGGCUGGUCACGAAACCGUCGAGGAGCUGGAUCGGCGCAUUCAGGAACUCGCCCAUCAUGCACCACCAUUCUACCAAAGCCGCAACCUGUUCAAGCUUUAUCUUCUCAUGAUCCCUGGAUGUCUUGUCCCAGCUGUAACGCUAGGAUUUGACGGGGCUAUGAUGAGCGGUCUUCAGGCGGUACCAGCUUGGGAUUCUUAUUUCAACAGUCCCCGUGGUAGCAUUCUUGGCCUCCUCAAUGCUAUUCUAGGCCUCGGCUGCAUUGUUGCAACGCCCUUCAUCAGCGUGGUUGGUGAUCGCUGGGGCCGCCGUAUGGGCAUCUUCUUGGGUGCCGUGAUUAUGCUAAUCGGAGGUGUCAUUCAAGGCGCAUGCGUUCACAUUUCCAUGUUCUUGAUCUCUCGCUUCGUCAUUGGCUUUGGUCUUGUCUUUGCCAACACCUACGCUCCCAUGCUCAUCGGCGAGCUGGCCCAUCCCAAGGAUCGGCAAGUCGCUACGUCUUUGUACCAGACUUCCUGGUAUCUUGGAGCCAUAGCUGCUGCAUGGACAACGUUUGGAACAUUCAGGAUCCCCAACAACUGGGCAUGGCGAAUCCCAUCUUAUCUGCAAGCCGCGCCAGCUCUUGUCCAGAUCUUGGGUAUCUGGUUCCUCCCCGAGUCUCCACGCUUCCUCAUUGCAAAGGGACAGGCCGAAAAAGCAAGAGAGAUAUUGGUCAAGUACCAUGCUAAUGGAGAUGCCUCCUCUGAGUUUGUCGAGUUGGAGUAUCGCCAGAUGCGUGGUGUCAUUGAAGCGGAACUUGCCAACGCUACUGGAUGGGCAUAUCUGCUCAAAACACCCGGCAACCGUCAUCGCCUGCUUGUCAUUGUUCUUUUGGGUCUCUUCUCACAAUGGUCCGGAAACGGCCUUGUCUCGUACUACCUGGUCCGGGUGCUCGAAACAGUUGGAAUCACGAACGCCAGACACACCAACAUCAUCAACGGCUGCUUGAUGAUCUUCAACUGGCUCACAUCUGUGGCUUCCGCCUUUGCUUCAGGUCGCCUCAAGCGUCGAACACAGUUCAUGAUUUCCGUUGUCGGCAUGCUCCUCGUGUUCAGCAGCCAGACGCUUUGUGCGGGCCUGUUCAACGAAAGAGGCAACAAAGCCGCUGGUCACGGUGUUCUGGCGAUGCUCUUCAUCUUUUACGCAUUCUUCAACUUUGCCUUCAACGCUCUACUUUACUCAUAUCCCGUCGAGAUCUUGCCCUACCCCAUCCGAGCUAAAGGCUUUUCGGUUCUCAUGUUCUUCGGCAAGGGAGCAGGAUUCGUCAACUCUUUUGUCAACCCCAUCGGUCUCCAGGCCUUGGCAUGGAAGUACUACGGAGUAUAUGUCGGCUGGCUGUGCAUUGAAGUUGCUUGUGUCUAUUUCCUCUUCCCAGAGACAUCUGGCCGAAGCCUUGAGGCCAUUGCCAGCGUUUUUGACGGGGAUAUUAAGCUAGACUCUGAGAAGCUUGUCGAAAGUAAGGAAGGAUCGAAGGAGAUUAGCAAGGAGCUUUGA